GCGAGCUCCUUACCAGAUUUUGGAGUUAUAGAAAGCGAAGUAGCAUGUGACGGAGAACACUUCGUGGUCCAUUGCGCAAACGCAAGCUUGGGGCUGAAUAUUUAUUCUGCACACUAUGGACGAACACAGCCUGGUCACGUGCUGUGCCCCUACGACGGACACGAUGAUGACACGAAUUACAAGUGGGGCGACGCUGACGUCACAGACAAGUUUAAAACCCUAUGUGAAAGGAGAAACAAGUGCAGGGUGAAAAUUAAUGCUGGACUCUUCGGAGAUCUUUUUCCGCAGAAGAAGCAUUUGUAUUUGACUUUGGUUUAUACAUGUGGUGAGUAAUAUCAAUCUUCGUGAAUGCUGUUGAAAACUGCCGUUUUUACCCUUAUACCUCUUUAAGUAAUGAGGAAAGUCUAACUUCACCCCUCCAGCUAUGUAUUGUCAUAGCGGAAAAAGAUAAACUAAGGUCUAACAACAUAUUUUGAAUCUGAAGAUUAAAAAUAACAAAAUUAUUUGUAUACAUGCAGAAAACUGACACCAGCUCAUUCCCUCGUUCAGAGCGUUGAGCUGCUUUUUGGAAAAAAAAAAAUGGAAAUCUACGUUGUGUGAUGCAACAAGAGUUUCAGCUCUAGAGGUUUUACAGCUGAGCAUCGUCUUUUCCAUAGGAAAAAAGUCGAAAGUAACUUGCGUUUUACCAUUUCUGCGCAAUGCCUAAUUUCAUAGUGUCUCAAAGCUUAAGACGUGAUAUGGGUAAAAUCUAAUCUAUUCCAACGAACUGUCCCUUCCUAAGAUAUUCUUACGUAUUAUCAUUAUUGCGUUUUUUUAAAGAGCUACCAACAGGAACGGAAACCACAACAACAAGCAUUGUAUCAGUCCCUACCUCUUCAUUGGUCAGUUCCUCAUCGGUAUUGGUAGCAAUAUCUCCAACAGCAACCUCUCUCUCUCCCUCCAGUUCCAUUCCACUGACCCUGCUUUCAAAGACAGUUGGGAAUGUCACGACAACCGUCAGCGCCAACACUAGGGAAGAUACAAUUGUCAUCGACACUCCUUAUGUGGAGCAGGCUGGCUCCUCUUCUGAUUCUAACGUCAGAUCACUUGGGAUCGCAGGUGCACUGUUUGUGUGGCUUUUGUUCGUGCAAGGUAUAUGAGAACGACUAAGGUUCGGUAACAACCCUAUAUUGGGGUAGAGAGAAAAAGCCCAUUCGUUUGUUUAUCACCCUAUCGUAUAAACCUCCAAAAUAUGAAAUUGCAGUCAAGACCAGGAAAGCGAGAAUGAACAAAGUCAAACUGGGGUCUGCGCUGUUGCCUAAGUUCUCGGCGAAUCAUUCACACUACUUCACUGAGCCCAAUGCAAAAUGCUUGCCAUUAACUUUGAAUCUUCUCUAUUUCGUUCUUGGAGAGGUGAAUUAUUUCGCUUGUAUCAAAGUUUCAUUUACUCAAAUUGCUUUUUAAUGGGAAUAUCCAGAAAUGAUAUUAGCUUGUGGUUUACAUUGAUCUAAAUGCCUGAUAAUCGCAGCUAAAAAAAAAAUACAAAUACUUAUAAUUUGCGCCCUUCUUUUUAGAUCACGGGUCUGACUAUAUAACAGUGUUUUUCGCCAGCGCUGCUAGUGCACUUGUUCUUGCAAUUAUCGUUGGUAUUUUCAUAUACUAUCGCCACAAUGAAAACAAGCAACAUUUACACGUCAAAGAGUUGCCAAAAUUAAACGCGUAUGGAACGGUUGAACGGAAAACACUACCGGAAGUUGAUCCAUUCAUACACGGCCCCGUCAAGACCCCGCCUCCUGAUUACAUGAUAGAAGGACACAACUACAACUGGCAGCGUGGUAGAACCUUACCGCAGAAGAAGUCUGAAAAUGGUUCGGUGGUAGGGACAUUCGGCACAAAAGAUGUUCACACAAGAGAUAUUAACGGCGAGAGGUAA